GGACUCCGGGCGAGCGCACCUCUGGAACCAGGCGCAGACAGUCGUCGCCGGCCUCCCAGAGCAGUGCAUCGCACACGCCUCCCUCCCGCUGCGAAGCUCAGUAUCGCGCUCUGCCGGCCGCCGGCUCUCAUCUCCUCACCGCACGGCACACAGACCCGCUGAACCAUGCCAGCUCCAGCCGCCGCCCCGGUCCCAGAUGGGCCAAAAUCAGAACUCCAGGAACUCCAGCUCAAGGCUGGACAGGUUACAGAUGAGUCAUUGGAAUCGACAAGGCGUAUGAUAGCACUAUGUGAGGAGAGCCACGAAGUCGGCAUGAAAACGCUAGUGAUGUUGGAUGAGCAAGGGGAGCAACUGGACCGCAUUGAGGAGGGGAUGGACCAGAUCAAUGCUGAUAUGCGAGAAGCAGAAAAGAAUCUCACAGGCAUGGAAAAAUGUUGUGGUCUUUGUGUGUUACCAUGCAAUAAGUCUGCAUCUUUCAAAGAAGAUGAAGGUACCUGGAAAGGAAAUGAUGAUGGCAAAGUAGUCAACAACCAGCCACAGCGGGUCAUGGAUGAUCGAAAUGGUCUUGGUCCACAAGGAGGUUACAUUGCAAAGAUCACAAAUGAUGCCCGAGAAGAUGAAAUGGAAGAAAAUAUGGGCCAAGUCAACACUAUGAUUGGAAAUCUACGCAAUAUGGCAUUGGACAUGGGUUCUGAGCUGGAGAACCAGAACCGACAGAUAGACAGAAUUAACAGGAAGGGAGAGUCGAAUGAAACAAGGAUAGCGGUGGCCAACCAGCGAGCCCACGAUCUUCUGAAGUAAACUUUAGUGGAAGAUUAAUACUCUUGUCUCUUUCCUAAUGUGUUGUUAUGUUAUUCAUGUACUUAAUUAUGUUGAUAAGGUUCCUUGACCUUUCUCUUCAGCUCAUUUAAGUCAGUUUAUACAGAGCUAGUAUUAUAAUAAAUUUUGCUCAUAUGAGCAGUGAAAGACCAAAUUGUUUACAGAAAAUAAGCAUGCCCAGCUUCUCUUUUAUUUAAUGAGUAAAAUUUUUAUCUUGUCCUAAAGUAUAUUCAGAAUAAAAGGUAUGGUUAUUUUAACUACUAAUAAUUCUAUAAAGUGUGAAGUCUAACUGGAAUCUAAAAGUAGUAGGAGCUAGAACACCAGUCUUUAAAUUACAUUGUUUCCUUUCACUACCAUGUGUCACCUACUACUGCAUCAACCAUUUCUUCACAAGAGGGAUAGCAAACUUUUCUGCAGUAUUUGGCUAUGGAUAUAAACUGCCAGCCACAGCAAGUUACUACAGCAUGCAUUAAAAAUACUUGCUACACAGCAUAAUUAUUAUUGAUAUUUAAACUAAAACAUAUAGAUAUUGCCAUGCUGAACCUUUACACUAUGGUGGUGAAAGUCUAAAUUUGGUGUUCUUUCUCCUCCACAAUGAGUUAUGUUCACCCCCAGGUUAAACUAUUUAAUAUGUACUCUGAAAAUAGAUAUACUAGUUUUGUAAAUUAUUAAUUAUUUCACCAGUCGUUAGUACAGCUUAGCAAAUUCCAAUGUUCACAUAACAAUUUUAUCUACUGAUGUUACAUUUGUACAAAGUAGAUUGGAAGCUACUGUACUAAUUUACUUAAUUGCCACUUGUUUGGACCAUUUAAAGCAUUGAAUUAUUGAACAAUUAGUCGGCGGGUAACUUUACUGAUGUGAUACGUGUUUAAUGUAUAUAUUUUGUAAAUAUUAUAAAGUUGUAUAACUCAUUUUUGAAUUGUUCUAAGUGCUUCAAAAGCAUCUACUUCUCUUGCAGUGUAAAUAUGUGUAGAAUGUUUACAGUAUGUUUAAAGUGCAAUCAAAAUGUUUAACAUGCACAUCCUUUAGGAAAGUAUUACAUGAACGAAGAAAUAUUGUUUGUUAUUGUCUACAUGAAUAGUACUAUUAGUUAUUAGAAAUAUUGUCAUGGGAAUGUGGAUGAAUUUUUACAGCGCAAAGUGUGGAAAAACUAUUGACUGAAUUUAAAAGUAUUUUUUUAUAAAUCACUGUUACAGACAUUUGUUUCAUGAGACAUAUAAUUAUAUAACUUCAGUUUAAAAUCCGAUUGUAAAAUGAAAAUGAGGGUACACCGUUCAGAGCUGCCAGUUCUGUACUGUGUUAUGUCUGUUACCAAUAAUGCUCAUUGAGUUCUGCUUCUGAAUAAUGGACAUAGCUUAAAACACUUCUGUUAUAGUAGCAGACCCUUUUGAGUUCAGAAUAAUUUGAUAUUUUUUCUCUUAGCAUUUAUUGGCUCACGUUAAAUUGGUAAAUGGCUUUAUUGUUUGCUGUACUUAAUAAAUUAUUAAGAAUUAUCAUCUAAUGGAAGGAAUGGCAAAUAUAUAGUUAUCUAUUUUCAUGUGAGGCUGUUGAAGUUAUUGUGAAUGAAUGAAUGGAAAGUGGGCAAUGAGAUUUUUGUGUAUGCUGUGGCCUAAUGACUGCGUAUUUGGCUUAUGGUGGUGUAAUACUUAAUUUUUUGCUACAAUUUCCUCUUGUAUGUCAUCCAUAACUGUUUAAUCUUAGUGUAUCAUUAUUUUUUCAGAAGAUUUCAUGGUAUUGUUAGUUUUCCAUCAGCUUGAACUUUUGCUCAUACAUAUAAUACCAUCAUAUACAGUAUAGCAGAAUAUCGUUACAUAACGUUGUAAGCAGCAUAGUGCAAAUUAAUAGUAAACUGCAGUUGGGUCUUUACAUUGGCAUCACAUUUCAACAUCAGUACUUAAGAAAUUUUUUGGAGUGCUGUAGGCUACAUAUAGCAUUUGAUUCAGUACUUAAAAAAACAUAAGUAAUAAGAAAAUGCACAUGAUAAGUAACAAGAAUAAUAACUAAGUGUACAAAAUGAUAAAACUGCUGUUUCCAAGAGAGUACAAGUGUGAGUAGGGAAUACCAAAAGUGAUCAGAGAUUCUUUUGUAUGACUUUAUAAGUAUUGCACUAUAAUAUUUUAUUGUAACAAAUAUUUGAUUUAUUCUAUCUAUGAUGAAGUGAACUUUUAAUACAAUAGCCCCUUUUUUUAUUUGCACACUUGACUAAAAGUUUCUGUGAACACUUUCUGGUAUUCUGUAAUUUACCACUGAAUUUAUUUAAAAAUAGUAAUAGGUUUUCAUCUGUCUAAGAUAACUUAGAAUUUGUGUCAAGUGUCAAAACUUCAACAAUAUUUAAAUAUUUUGCAGCUGUACAGUAUGUUCAAAUGAAAAAUAUUUCUCUCACAGUAGAAUUUGUGUGCUAUGAAUUACACAUUUCUGUAAUCAAUGUACACAUUUAAUAGUAGAUGGUUUCCUUGCUCACAUAUUAAAUUCGGAAUGUUUGUAUAAUUUAAAUAUAUAUAAUGAUUUUUGAAGUUAAUAUCUUGGUUGCCAUCACUUGCUGCAUAUUCCAGACAAAUGAUUUGUUUUCUGUGUUGUAAUAGCUCGUAUAGUCCAUAUUGUACCCUUUGUAUUAACCAUUGCCAAUAAACAGAUGUGAUAUCAGAA